CCAAAGACCUGGAACCACACCGUAAUAUCAGAAAAUGGAUCAGUUGGUCUAUAUAAUCUCAUCACAAACAAACUAGAUAAAAAUACGAAAAAACAGACAGGCUCGAAAUAGACGUUCCUGUUGAUAUUAAAAUCCUUUCAAUUAGAGAAGCUGUGCAAAAUGGACUGAAUAAUUUGAAGACCAAUUGGACAUGAAAAUUCAACUCCAUUCCUAACUUCCUUUUUCUGGUUGCUAGUUUGACUUUAAAUAGUUUAUGUGUAUUGCAAAUAUUGAACAGACACAUCUCAACUCAGCCUAAAUUGAAAAUACUGCCUCCUAUACGAUUGUGCGGGUUACUAGUUUAGGCUCGAAGCCAUUUUGAAAUCUAAAGUUGACUGUAGUUUCGCACCCAAUAUCACCUUUAGUUGCCGGUAGAACACUGAUUGCUUUACUACAGAAUGGAUGAAAAUACUCCUCUAGUAUCUGCCGAUACCCAUGUUGGACGCUCCGUCAUCAAACCAGUCAUUGAGCGAGCAGUUACCAAUGAUGGAGAUUCCCAAGCCACAGUGAACUGCCAAGUAUGCAGGCAAGUUAUUACGUUCACUCCUCGUGAAAAGCAAAUGGUGGUUCGAUGUUCACACUGUUCUGAGGCGACGCCUAUCAAAGGUCCACCAACUGGGAAACAGUAUGUUAGAUGCCCUUGCAAUUGCUUACUUGUAUGCAAUGAAUCUACAAGCAAAGUUGGUUGUCCUCGCCCGGAAUGUCAGAAAGUUAUUGUUAUUCGUGAAGUAGGUUACACCUCUUCCCUACUUAGUUUUCUUGAAUUGCACAUCUAAUAGAGCUAAAUUUGCUUAUUGUUGGUGUCAGUGUAAACUCCAUUGUAGUAGAAGUGUUUUAUGUUGAGCGGUUUGGCACUGUUAUAAUAACGAUUACCAGCGAUGACGUUGUACCGCAGUACUAGUUAUGUGCGGGUAAAUGUUUAGUAGGAUUCAGAUCAAUCCUCAAAUAGAUAAUUGUGUGUACGUCAAGUAACGUCAGUUUACCCGGUAUCCUUACCAUCGGACUGCUAUGGCGAGACUCAUCUGCACCCUUAUAUUUCUGAAAGUAGGGUCCUUGAUGUAGUUAUCAACAACGUAGUAAUAGCAUAAGUUGCCACACUAUCAAAACAACUAGAAUUCAGCGAAGUAUUUGAAAUAUUAAUAGUACUGGUGAAGAUAAAAACUAUGCGUAGGGAAUAUAGUGCUCAAAAAAUUGAUGUUACUUCCCAAUUUUUGUUCUUAUUUCUCCCUUUUGAAAAUCAGUUUUUCAUUCCUGUUAAUGUUUUUACUAUUUUCUCAUACAAUUAUCUUCGUGGUAUUGUAUUUUAUGCUGAUAGUUGUCGAAAUGUUGUAAGGAGCUGCAUGAUGCUUUGCAAAACCUAACAGUCGCUUCAAGUGGAACAAACUCGCUUAUUAUAUGGUUAGUUAGAAUGUCAGUUUUUCAAGUCUUAGGGUCGAGCUUAGUCAUUCUCAACGUAGGGCUUAAAACAUUGGAUGAUUGGCCCAUGUUACCACAACACGUUAUUUAACUGAAUUAAAAAUAUUAAAACUCCCCAGAGCAGUAGAGUUAUUAACAGUAUCAAUAAGAGUAGAAAAUAAUAAUGUGGACGAUCUAAUUUGACAAGAAAUAAGUUUGUUAUAUAAAGAGACAUUAUAAGAUUGUUUUAAGUUCAGCAUCUAGCAGAUUAAAAGCGACUGUAUCUUCCUAACGUCGUUAAAUCAUUAUCACUGACCCAUAACUAAUAUGUUUCUAUUGAUCAUUCACAUGGCUAUUUUGUGGGUCGAAACAUCCCAAAUAUCCAUCAUGGUCACCAGCUAGCGCCACAAUACUUGUCAAACAACUAUUGUUGGGAUAGUUUGUCAAUUACUAUUGAAAGAAAUAACCCGUUGGGGCGUAAAAAGUUAUCGUGAUGAUCUCUAAUAUCAGCCGUUUUCUCGCUCUGAUUGGGCCACCUAAUGUAGCAACAUGUAAAGUACCUAGCUAAUAUUUACUUGUUUAUCGAUACUUCGACUUUGGUGUUUAAUUAUUCUCAAACCUCAAGGCGGGUGGGCACAAGUUAAGCAUGCUUUUUCAAUGAAUAGGUGGAAGGUGGACUUGAAAUCUGUGGUGGAGAUCUAUAAGGUGUUGUAGAUGUCACCUGCAUAACUGUCCAGAGCCGUAAUAAAGCCUACCUUUUGUCCGAACUGCACCUGGUUACAGAGACUUAAGAGGGUGAUUUUAUGUGGUGCGCAUAUGUGUCAUGCUUGCUCAAAUGUAGCGUCUGGUAGCGGCAGGCUAGCGAUUAAUUUCUUGACUAACAUUAAUUUGCGAAACACAAGUCACACAGGAACUUAGUGUUACAGUUUAUUUUUUAAGGAAGCAAUCUAUAAUCUUGGUCUUCUUUACAAUGAUUCUAGCUUUUGUUAAGACUUAAUUACCUAGUGGUUGUUUAUUUAUUAUGUUAUAUCACAAGGCUUGUGUGUUGAGAGAUCAAGUAUCCGUGUUAAAUCAAUGGAAACAUCAAAAUGUUUGUCCUAGUUUCAUACAGGCGCAUAAUCUUGAUCAGCACUAUCACCAAACGUGAGUGAAAAUGGCGGCUAACUAGGCAGAUGACUACUUGAUGGCUAACAUCUCAUCUCAAACCAGCAUGUGAGUAGAUUCUACAUAAAGCUUUUCUAUAGAAUCCAGUAAUGAGUUGACCAGCUAUUUACUUGCAAUAAGAAUUGUGGAAACCUUUCUAACCUACGUUGAAAGUGUCAAAUAAACCAAGUAAAAAACUUUUUAAACAAUAGCUAACGUAAAGAGGCAAUUUUGAUCAUGUUUUAGCUCGUUAUCAUAUAUAGUCUCCUGUGAAAACAGCGGUAAACACAGUACCAUCAUGUCAAGGCAGGGAGAAAGCCAUUCAUAUUUUUAUUACUCAUUCUAACUACUUGGUGUAUGGUCGAUCCCAAGUAACCAUAAUCUAGGUUUUCGUUUAUUUUUUCAUGUAUCGUUACUGCAUACUAGUUAACAUUGUUUUUGUCCCUUUUUAUUUCACUAAAGUACUUUUAAAGAACAAUCUUUUAGUUUUCGCUGUCUUCUGUUGUGAUAUAUCGUCGCAUGUCAACAUAACAUGUCAAUUCAGUAGGUUCUGGGUAACCAUGUAUUGGAUGUCGUCUUCAUAUGGCUUUCUCUGAGUUCACUAAGCUAAUCAUCAUGUCUCCCCAUCAUUGACGUUUGUUCUCAAACCGAAAAAGGCGAUCUACACAGUGAAUGGAAAUGUUGGUUGGAAGUAUUGCAAGUUUUUCUAUAUAGAUUGACUGGGCUUUUCUUCGAAGUUUAGGGGCUAAACAUAUUUCCAAUUGAUUAAUAUUGACCAUCGGUUGUCCUAACUGCUGUGAUCACUACAGGGGAAUCAGUUUGAGUAAUGUGAUUCCCAGAUUUUGACCUUUGUAAUCAUCCGACCGUUGUUCAAAAUUAAAAAAUAAAAGUCAUAAAAGUAUUGGGUUUCAAUCAAAGAUCAACUGUCAUCAGGUUUCAAAACUAAGGCAUAAUUACUGACACCCAACUGUGUUGACGAUGACAUUGUUUGUCGGGAAAGACUGCAUUCUUGAAAAUGGCCGAAUCGAAACUUCGGAAUAACUGUCAACUUAAAUAAUCACACUAGUAUCCAUAAUAGCUGCCUAAUUCCCAAAUUUUCAUCUAGUCGUAGAUAUACUUACAAGUUAUUCUCUCAACCGCUGACUCAAUCAUUGAUCUCCCGCUUGGAGAAUCGUUUUUCAACUUCAAGUGUACAGAUAACGUAGCUCUGUUUGAUGGGAAGUUGACCUUUUAAAAGUCGUGCUUUGCUUAAACUCUCUCUUCACCUUAUGAACCCCAUUUCAGAACUAUACACGGCGUGGCAGCUGAGUUCAAUAAAUUGUUGUGUUGUAUUUCACGCCACAUUUUUACGUUCCUGAUUCUUAACAUUAAAUGCAGCUGUAUUUACUACUUGUUUGUAAAGUUUGGUUCAGUUAUUCAGCCUAUUUCACUUCAUUUAUAAUGAUUAAUUCGUUAGUUAUGACAGCGGCAUGCUUAAGCAUGAUCGAAAUCAAUGUGUAUGCACGUCCAGUUUAUCUUCAGCUAAUUACACUUUAGUUUUUUUGGUUUCAAAAUUAAUUAUGUCAGGUAGCACAUUAAGACUGACAAUUAUUGUUGUCAAGAAUGACAUGUAAUCUGCGUAAACCUGCAGAAAAUUAUUCGUGUUUCACGUAGGUUGGUAGUUGUACUAUGCCCAAUAUAUACCAUCGAGGAUAGGAAAUACUGUUCAGAAUUCACGUUAUACUUAUAGGGCUUCUGUCGUUCAAAAUAUAAAAUACAACUAACGACAGAUGACCUGAAAAUCUAUAGAUAUUGACCAUCGUUUUCUCAUCCUUUUUUUAAAAUAGACUAGAAUCACAGAAUAGUCAGUGAUAAGGUUAAAUGGUUAUUUUUAGUUAGCUAUAAGUUUAUGUUUUUGUAUUGAAUGAAAUAGUUAAAAUAUACACUGCUUUGAUCCAGUUAUUGUGAAUUUUUACCACAUUGUAAAUUCAGAAUAGUAUUUUCUCACCUCUUACCUCAUGCGAAAAGUUUAAUUUAUCAUAUUUUGUUUCAUAAGGAUGUAAAAAUAUAUAUUAUAGAUAGGGUAAUUGAAAUAUAGUAAUUGGUCAAGACCAGAUCAAUUUAAUUAUACUUUUCAGUUUAAGUAUGUUCUUGUAUGUACACAUGGUUAUAGUUGUAUAGUUAUAUUAGACACAAUUGUUAUUCAAACAAUCAGUAGUGACAAACACUUUACUUGCAUGUUGAUUAACUAUGAAUCAUUUUCAGAAUUAGUGUUAACCACAACUACUAGAUAUGUGUGUUAAUGCAUAUUAUCUUAGUUUUUCGUUUGGAGAUAAAAUGUAUUGAUGUUAGUUUGUAAGUAACGAACUGGAUGUAUACAUGUAAAAGUUUGUGCACUCGGCUUCGAAGCACAUUUCUGUGGAGACUACUGUCUAAUAACUCGGGCUGAAAUAGAUAGGACGAUACUCCAUACUGUGACUCAUUUAAAACCCAAGUACUUUACUUACUUAAACACCGCUUAUUUUAUAUAUGUGUAUAAGCAAACGAAUCCUAUUAAGCUGUUACAGGUUGCUGCGCUUACACUAACUAGUUUUGUUUCACACAGGCAUCAUAAUUUCUAGUAUAUGUAGCCAUUCUUUACUUUUGUUCGUGUCGAUUAUUCGUAUGAUUAUACAUUUAUUUUCCACCUUGUUUUUGGUUUUAUAAUAGGAAGAUGGUGUGGGCUUUAUGGGUAGUAGCAAUAGGUUUUUGCAGGGUCCAGCUACACAUGGAACGUUUGGUACUCCUCAAAGUCUACGCCUGUCCUGCGGUAAUUGUAAUUCACCAUUUUCCAUACCAUCACCCGAAUCUCAUUCGUUUGGACGUAUGAAUGCAUUUACCGCACUUCUAUCUGGCAGGAACGCUUCCAAUGCCGCAGGACUUAUAACAGCAAGAUGUCCACAUUGUCAUAAAGUUACAUCUGUUGGCCCAGCCUAUGCUCGUGCACACUGGAUAGGUUAUGGUGUACUUGCUAUCGUUGCUAUUAUCAUAGCUAUUAGUGUAACUGCAGGGACAGCUGAAGCUGCCAUAGGAAACAAUGCUUUGUACUUCCUUUGGUCGAUUCUUUAUCUGGUCGCUCUAGUUCUGUUGUCGCGUGCAGUAGUUUUCAUGAUCAUGCCAGUCAGUUCAGUCGAAGUACCUACUUUACAAAUCUAGUUAAAUAUUUAUCAUGGGAAUCAUAAAAAUCGUCACAUCUCAGAACAAUCCUUACUUCUAAUUGUCAUGUUUUUUAUUAUCAUAUUGCUAAUUUUUGAUGGGUUGUCAAUUUCGAUAAGCUAAUUGCUGAUCCCUCGAAAACGGAACUGAUCACCAGGAUCAUAUUGAUUUAUUUUUACAUUGGACUGAUCAUUGUGUAAUUAGUAAUUUCAAAAUUGUAUCAUCGAUAAACAUGCAUAUUGUUAACAUCUUAUUUGUGUUAUAAAGAAACAUGUGAAUUAUAUACACUCACGUGCGUUGCAGUCAUCAUAAUUUUCAUUUACAGUAAAGGUAAUGUUAUAAAUUCCAUAACCAUUAUCUGAAUAUGAUUAUCCAUCUUAUACAGGAAUACGCUGUGAAUUACACGCAUGUAAAUGUUUAUUUCUACACUGAAAUUAAUGCACAACCAACCGAUUGUGGAUCAUGUUUUACAUAUUGUCCAUUACUCAUGUGUAUAACAAUUGUAUCAUGUUGUAGCCUCUUAUAUGUGUAUUCUACACAGCCCCGGUCAUCGUUAAAUAAUCAUUUCUUUUCUCCUAAUUAACAAUUAUACUUAUCAAAAUCAGCUGUUUGUUAUAUGUACGAUUUUAUUUGCUACUCCAUUUAUUUUACAAUCGGUGACUUUAUAUUUUGUGAUUUAAUUUUUGUUAUUUAAUUACUAAUCGUGUACUAUAUGGCUGUUACAUUAUAGGCUUGAAGAAUCAGUUAUGAGAGAAAAUCAGCUUCGUUAUAGGAUUUAUUUUCAUGAUCCUAGGUCGUGGAUGUAUAUACGUUGAGUGAUUCAUUAUUGUUGUUAUUGAUAUUAUUAUUUCAUUCCACGACACCAUGUCAUACACUGACCAUCUCUCCGCUUCUUCCAACCAGUCCCGAUGUCCGCAAAUAAUGCACGAUGUGGAAUUCUCUGGAACGACAUUCGGAGAACAUGUCCAAGCCACCGAAGUCGAUGUUUCAAGAUGGUGACACCAAUUGCAUUAUCGUUUCUGUUCCCGAACACACGAUGCCGAACCUCUGCAUUACUGACAUGGUGUUGCCACUGAAUGUCAGCAAUCCUUCGGAGACAGCGAUGAUCGAACACAGAGAGUCGUCUAACGUCCUUAACUCGGAGAGACCAGGUUUCACAAGCAUAGAGCAAAACUGCUCUCACCGACGUGUUGUAGAUCCGACCUUUUACAACCAGACUAACAUCACUAAGGCGCCAGAGAUGACCCAGAUUGGCAUAAGCCGCUCUGGCUUUCACUAUACGUGAAUUAGUCUCAUCACUCACACCCCCACCAGCACUUAUGCAGCUACCUAGAUACACGAACUUCUCGACUACUUCUAUCAGCUCACCAUCCAGGGUGAGUACAGGAUUAGAAUCCUGCCAGUCUUGUAGAAGUACUUUGCACUUCGAAGGUGCAAAGCACAUACCGUACCUACGGACACUGAUUGCCAACUGAUUAAGUGCGGAUUACAUGACUUGGGCAUUAUCUCACAGUAAGACAAUAUCGUCCGCAUACUCAAGGUCGAGAAGUCUUUCUCCAGGCAACAGAUCCACACCGCCAUUACUUACAUCCAUCAGCGUUGUUUCCAGAAUGUCAUCGAUGGCAAAGUUGAAGAGGACUGGCGAGAUUGGGCAACCGUGCCUAACCCCACUGCUCGAAUGGAACAAUGGAGAGAGGUGGUUGUAUGCCCUCACUCUGCCUGAAGUGUUUGUAUAUAGGGCUUUUAGGAUGUUAAUAAACUUCUCAGGCACACCCUUCUUCAAUAGACAAUCCCAGAGAACAGUCCUGUCCAACGAAUCGAAGGCAGCCCUGAUGUCAAGAAACACUACGAUUGUUGGCUUUUGAUAAGUAUGGCGGUGUUCAAACAUUUGGCGGAGGUUGAAGAUAUGAUGAAUACAUCCUCGACCGGAACGAAAACCAGCCUGCUCCUUGCGAGUCAAUCUUUCUCGGGUUUUGAACAACCUACGAAGUAUGACAGAAGCCAAUAGCUUGGACGCAAUUGGAAGUAGACUUAUCCUCCGAUAGUUGUUACAGGAACGACGUGAACCCUUUUUAAAGAUAGGGACAACUAUCGACUCAUUCUAUGACGUUGGUGGACCAGUCGUCACCGGCCAUGGAGGGCAAGACAGUCUGACCGAUGUUGCCAGAGCAGCAGGCCAGUUGAACUGCCCUUCGAAGAAUUCUGCCUAUCGUCCAAGACGUCGAUGGAUGUUAGUGAUUGGCAUCCCGUCAUCCUCAUAGACUGUUUCGCUCACAC